AUGGAAGGGAUUGAAUUAGCGUCCACUAACGAACCCUCAAUGAUAGGACCGGAAAUUAUAUCUCUUUCAACAGCCUCACUUGAAGUACAAGUGAGUACGGAGGUUAGUCUUUCAGAUCCUCUAUUUCCAUUUUCACAAUCAUUUCAAGCACGAUCCAGAAAGGAAAAAGAGCAAUUAUUCUUAAAAGCAUUCGAAGACCAAGUUAAUUUCAUAAGAACAAAGGAACUUCGCUCAGAAAAUUCUUUGGGAAAAUCUCCUAUUACACAAGAAGCUAUAGAUAAUUUAACUACUUCACGUCAAAAGUUUUAUGAUCAAGCUGAUACAAAAAACAAUAGAAUAGCUAUCACAAAAACAACGACUGAAUCUUCUACAAACCCAGCUCCAAGAGUUCAAGUAACAACAACUCCAACAUUCGAUCCAUUACUUAACACAAACUAUGAAUCGCAGUACAGUUUAAUGGAUAGAUUUAAAGACGUUAUUAGUAAAAUUUUAAUCGAAAAGAGAGCAAAAACACGCGCUCAAAAGGUUUUACAACGUAUACUUGUUGCACCAAGUACACCACAGAAUACACAAUCCACUGCAAACUUCUCAACAUUUACAGCAGAAUCUUUGUUGACUGUUAAUGUUAAAUGCGUUAAACAACCGUUGAAGUUUACCAAUCCAUCAGAUCCUGUUUCAAUUGAACCACCAGAAUGCAUCAUUGAACCUAACAAAAUUGAAAAAUCAAUUCAACCAUACAAACCAGGACUUGUUGAGCGUUUCCAGCUUACACAAUUCCCACGUACAGAAUGUUCUGCUUUUACACCUAUCCCUAUCCCACCUCCACAGUCAUUUCCUGGAGUUCAAGAAGAACAACCAGUCAAAGAGCGAAAAGAACCAAUUAUUCCCGAGAAUUCCCUCUCGAAUCCACUUCCUAACAAAGAUAUCAUGCCUGUUACACCAUUGCCAAUUGCUACAAACUAUUCGCGCGAUAUCAGAUUUUUCAACUUCGAUCCAAUUUUCGAUUUGCGAGCAAAACCUGCAGAAUUACCACCUCUACCUAAUGAAAUUGGCCAGGCUUCAAUUUUGGCCAUGCCUUUAAAGAAUUACGAGCCAAUGUUUAUCGGAUACAAGGAUAAAACCGAUGUUGCGCCAUUUACUUUCACUGGAUUUUCUAAAAUUAAGCUUCCAUCUAUGAACGGGCCAAACCUGGCAGAUAUGGCCGAAAUGGACCCGGACGAUGACAUUGAUCAGCUUGAAAUCAAGCCAAAUGUAAGGCCAACAAGCGAUUUUAUUACAAAACCAUUACCAACCAACAAUAAGAGCCAUGCAAUUGCUGAAGGAAUAAUAAGUAGCCAAGAAAAUUGGAUAAAGAGGCAAAAAGAAGGCGCUCAAACAGUUUAUACAAGUCUUACAAACUUAAACUCACUUAUGAGAGAUAAGAAUCUUGAAAUUGUUACACAAGAUUUAGCUGAAUUUCUUAGAUAA